UUUUUCUUACAGCUCUGGCAGCGCUGACAGCAGGAACAGGGCUGACAACACACAACGCCGGCAACACAAAAUUAAAUGCAAAACACUAAAAUGACAGUAAAACAAAAUAUGCUGCUUAAAGGAAUUGUGUUGUGUAUAAUCUUCAUUGCGGGCUGCGCUGCGGAUCACACAACGUUACCCGAGAGCUUUGUGAAUGCCGCCCAGCAAUCGACGCAUACAAAUAAUUGGGCGGUGCUGGUGGAUGCAUCGCGCUUCUGGUUCAACUAUCGUCAUGUGGCCAACGUGCUCUCUAUCUACCGUUCCGUGAAGCGUCUGGGCAUUCCUGACUCGCAAAUCAUUCUAAUGAUUGCCGACGACAUGGCAUGCAAUGCUCGCAAUCCCCGCCCAGGUCAGGUGUACAACAAUGCCAACCAGCACAUCAAUGUGUAUGGCGAUGAUGUGGAGGUCGACUAUCGCGGCUACGAGGUCACCGUGGAAAACUUUGUGCGUCUGCUCACGGGACGCACUCAGAAUGGUACGGCACGGUCCAAGAAGCUGCUCUCUGAUGCAGGCAGCAAUGUGCUGAUCUAUUUGACGGGACAUGGUGGUGACGGUUUUCUCAAGUUCCAGGACUCAGAAGAGAUAACCAGUCAGGAGUUGGCCGAUGGCAUUCAGCAGAUGUGGGAAAAGAAACGCUAUAACGAACUCUUCUUUAUGGUGGACACUUGCCAGGCGGCCUCGCUCUAUGAGAAGUUCACCUCACCUAAUGUUCUGGCGGUGGCCAGCAGUCUGGUCGGCGAGGAUUCGUUAUCGCAUCAUGUGGAUCCCUCGAUUGGCGUCUAUAUGAUCGAUCGCUACACUUAUUAUGCACUUGAGUUUCUGGAGAAGGUUCAGCCCUUUAGUAAGCGGACAAUUGGCGAAUUUCUGCAAGUGUGUCCCAAGCGCGUCUGCAUCUCGACUGUCGGUGUCCGCAAGGAUCUCUAUCGUCGGGAUCCGCAUAAGGUGCCCAUCACCGACUUCUUUGGCGCUAUUCGGCCCACUCGCGUCUCCACGGAACGCAUCAAUGUGACGCUGGCCAACGAAGAGGACUUUGUUAACGAUGUUGCAAAUGUGCAGCCAAAGAAAGAGUUCAAGAUCAUAAUGGAGCCACAGUUCACAGCUGAAUUAUUGAAAUGACCUGAAUGUACAUAGACUAGCUUUGGUAAGGAUUACUGCGUUGAGAUGGCGAUGGAGAGACAGAAAGAGGAAGACAGCGAGAUAGAGAGAGAGAAAGAGAGAGAGAAAAUGAAGUCGAAUGUUGUACACAUUUCAUGUGAUAAUAUUAACUUUAUUCGUAAAUACAUUUCAUUUCAUUAAUUUAUAUUAUAUUAUUAUUAUUAAUAUUAUUAUUAAUACAUGUGUAAUUUAUUAAAUUUAUAUAUGUGUGUGUGUGUGUGUGAGUGUGUCUUUUUGUGUUUGUGAUCUCGUAUCGUGCUUUAAAAUUCUCAAUUAUGGGCUUAGUUCACACUUCGUCAUCGUCAUUCUCAAAAUCUAUUUGAAUUUCCGUCACCUUCAUUUGUCUAUUUGCUAACAAUUCUUUUUUGGGUUUUCUUUCAGAUCAUUCGCAUUCCGCAUUGUAAUUACAUCAAAUAUAUCUGUUUUUAAAU